AUGAUCUCGCGCGUCGGUCUCUCCAUCGCCGCCCAGAGCAGCUCAGUCGCUCGAGCACUCUCGACUGCCGCUCCCGAGACGUAUUCCUUCGUCCAGUCGCGUAUCGCGUAUCGCAAUGAGAUUGCGGCACUGCGGAAGGAGUUUAUGGAGGAAGAAAAACGCCGCAGGGAGAAACUCGCACGGGAUGCCGAAGCUCAGCGGCAAAAGAUUAUGAAGGCCAAGGCCACUCGUCUGGAGAUCAAGCGUCAGCAGCAGGCGAUUCGAGCGAAGGAGGUCGCCCGUGAAAAAGCCAUUCACGACGAGAAUGUCGCGAAAUAUUUCCAAGAAAAGGUGGUGGUGCGUCAAGAGCGAAACGCGGAAGUCGAGCGUCGUCGUGAGGCCCUCGUGGCGUCCCUGCGUCAACAGAGCGCAAAGUGGACGAACCAGGACAACUACACGGAAAAGCUGAAGGAGGACGUCUUCAUCUACUCUCCACAGCAGAUCUCGGCUCGCGGCUCGUUUGAUCCCUCGAGCGCGUCGGGCAGUGCUGUAUCAUGGCUCGAGAAGCUGCAGCGCAUGAAGCCUGUUGGAAUGCAGGACAGCCGCAACGAGGCUGCUGCAUCUGCCGUUGCGUCGGCAGCGGACGGACUGGAUGGCACCCACGAUGCCAGCCACGUUGUCGACGAAGAUGACGCCGAUGCAUCGUCGACGCCAAAGAAGGACGAGGAGUAA